GUAAAAAAUAAACAUUGAAACUGUCCCCCCCCCCUUUUUUUAUUUAUUUUUCUUUUGAGGCGCGUACAGAAAAUCAUAUAGGAGAAAUCUGCGUUUUUGUGGCCUUUCAGAAUAAUCCUUCUAUUUUCACAUUGUCAAAAAGUCUCAAACUCCCACUGUAGGUGUUUAUGAGGCAGAAACAAUCCAUCACAAACUUUAUGCCUUUUGGUCCAAAGGUUGCAUGAGAAGUCAAAGGAAAGAGAUCCAACAACCAGAAAUCCCUCAAAUAUCAACAGAUUUAUUGAGCAAAAGAUUAAAGACUAAUAAAAAUGGAGUAUGACGUUAUGAAGAAAACAGAAAAUAGAGAAAAUGUUUGAAUAGAAGUGCAAUUAAUAAGGUUAAAAAAUUAAAAUUAAUCUCCAUAAAGGGGAAAAUCUUAAUUUUUUCCAUUUUAAAAAGAGGCAAAGAAUUUAAUUGACAAAGACGAACAGAUUAGACAUUUACAGCUAAAUCAAACACAGAAUAGCCUUAAAUUUACAGAAUAAUACAAACCAAGAACCAAAAAUGUCCGAUUCAUCCGAUAACAGGAAGUUGCCUCAUUUCAAGCUCACAUUUUUUUUAAAAUUUUAUUUCCCUUUUUUUCCCUUUUUCCUUUUUAUUUUAUUCUUAAAGGAAAGAAAUGUACUUUGUUUUUUAUGAUUACGAUGUACACGUUGGAACCACUUCAGUAGAAUUUAUUUUUAGGCCGAAUCCCACACUGAAUAUUUACCCCUAAUUUGAUUAUCCUAAAGUGUUCUGUUCAUUUUUUGUUUUUACCCACAAUCCCCCAAUUUUACACCAAGUACCCCAAAAAGUAACAGAUAUGGACUCUUUGUGACAUCACGGUUCAAAGACUUCAGUCAAAUCGAUGAUUUGGAGCAAAUGACAAAUGUUUUUCCUUCCUCUAUUCAUAAAAUGUGGCUUUUUUAAAGUGGUAGCCCACAGAAAGGUCACAUUUUUGGCCAAAAUAAGCCACAUCAAUGGAAACUUGUGUCUCUGCUGUCCUUCCUCCUCUGCAUUUGGGUUCAUUGUUGACUUUGAUGUAAGUACCGUGGAUUCCAGUCCCUCUUUCUCUUCAUUUUCUUCAGUUCUAAAAAAGGAUUAAAAAAAAGAAGCAUGCCUUUGUUGAUCGUGCGUGUGGAGGUCAAAGGUCCUGUUUACGGUAAAUGUUAGCUUUUCUUCGGCCUCCACCACUUUCCCUGUUGUGAUACUGAGAACCGGAGUCGGAUUUCUAUCAGGCAUGUCGCGGCAGAAGGAAGCCCGUUUGAGGUCAAAACAAAAACCCAGGAGCUUCUUGUUUCUGAGGAAAACACGGCACUCGCUGGGCUGAUCUUUCCGCCAGGACCUCAUCUCGGACGGCGCGUGGUUGGAUCAGCCCCAGCGUGACACCAGGAGGCCUGCAGGGGGCUUUUCUUUUCCCCUCCCCGUCCGGGUGUGGAAAGAGUUGGAGGAGGAGGAGAGAAGGAAGAAGGAAAACAGAAACAUUUAAGGAUUGAGCUGGGAUCUCUGUAACUAAAAGCCUUCAUCAUGAACGCUAUCAAUUACAGCUGCAUGGACGUGGACCGGCUCAUGAAGCGCUACUACCUACCUGUGGCUUACAGCCUCAUCUUCAUCGUGGGCCUGGUGGGGAACAUGAUCUCCAUCGGCAUCUACCUGACCAAGCUGCGGCCCUGGAAGAGCAGCAGCAUCAUCAUGGUCAACCUGGCGCUGACCGACCUCCUGUACGUGCUCACCAUGCCCUUCCUGAUCUACUACUACAUCAACGAGGGCUCCUGGAUACUCGGCGACUUCAUGUGCCGCUUCAUGCGCUUCGCCUUCCACUUCCACCUCUACGGCAGCAUUCUGUUCCUCACGUGCCUCGCCGUCUUCCGCUACGUGGUGGUGGUGCAGCCGUUCAGGGCGCCGCAGGUGCAGGACAAGUUCUGGGGCACCGUGGCCUGUCUGACCGUGUGGACCGUGGCUGCGGCCGAAACCACGCCCAUGCUGACCAUCGUUUCCUUGAGCGUGGACGGCAGCAACAACACGCAGUGCCUGGUGUUCGCCAGCACCGAGCCGGUCACCGCCGUGCGAGAGUACAGCUGGCUGCUCACGGCCAUCGGCUUUUUGCUCCCCCUGCUGGUGGUCUUCUUCUGCAACAUCGGAAUCGUGACGGAGCUGGCCAAGGGGCCGAGCCUGACCCACUCCUGGCGGAACCGAGCGCAGCGCAUGAUGGUCCUCAUCCUGGGACUCUUCGUGCUGUGCUUCUUGCCGUACCACAUCAUGCGCGGCCUGUGGAUCGAAACCCAACACGACAUGAGGACGCUGAACACCACCGCCACGACGUGCAGCAGCCACGUGGUGCAAGCCGCGUACCUCAUCUCCAGGCCCCUGGCGGCCAUCAACACCUUCUUCAACCUGGCUCUGUACACGCUGUCAGGAAACAAGUUCAGGAGGGCGUUUCUGAGCGUCUUCUGUCGGGAGCCAUGGCUCAUCAAGGCCGGUUUGAGGAUGCAGCGGAUGAUCAUCACCAAAGCCACCACUGACAUUCCCGCCAUCCCCUGAAUUCUUUUUCGGAACUUUCACUCCAAACAGGUUUACUCACACAAGCAGAGACGACAAGCAGGUGUCUGGCCUUUGCAGAAGGCACAUAGGUGUAAAUAAAUGUACUAAAGUCAAAGGUUUCACUUCUUUUUUGUAGAUCAUUAUUAAAUCACAUAGUAGGAUAUUUAGGCAUCUGGACUGAAUGGUCAAAAUGUUCCCAGCUGGAGACGACCUUCAUGGGAAAUGAUUGGUUCAUGAAUAAAAGAAAUGGUCCAUU